GUAUUUUUAUGGUCCUUUCUCUCCUGUCAAUUGUGUAUGGUGCCUUACGCUGCAACAUCCUGGCUAUUAAGAUUAAGUAUGACGAUUAUGAUGUCAGCGUGAAACCAGCCGCCUACCUCUGCAUAUUCAUGUGGAGAAGCUUUGAGAUUGCAAUACGGGUUACGGUGUUGGUCCUUUUCAGUUCAGUCCUUCAAAUCUGGAUUCUCCCUGUUGUGUUAGUGAAUUUCUUUGGGUUUUUCUUCUACCCAUGGAUUCUCUUCUGGCAAAGCAAGUCCCCAUUUCCCGAGAACAUAGAGAAGGCAUUGAGCAGGGUCGGCACUACCAUUGUCUUGUGCCUUCUCACCUUCCUGUAUGCUGGCAUUAACAUGUUCUGCUGGUCAGCAGUGCAGGUGAAGCUCAAUGAUCCUGACUUAAUUAACAAAUCCCAAAAUUGGUACCGACUGACUGUGUAUUACAUGCUGCGAUUCAUCGAGAAUGCAUUCCUCCUGCUGAUGUGGUACAUCUAUAAAACUGAUAUCUACCUGUAUGUCUGUGCCCCACUGUUGGUCUUGCAGCUCCUGAUAGGAUACUGCAUGGCUAUCCUUUUCAUGCUGGUAUUCUACCAGUUCUGCCACCCAUGCAAAAAGCUCUUCUCAUCCAGCAUUUCUGAAGGUUUGCUGUCCUGUUUCAAGUUCCUGUGCUUUAUUUGCAAGCCUCCCAAAUCCAGCAUACUGAUAGACAAGGCAGAGGUGAAAUCUGCAAAUUCUGACGAAGUACGGAGCAGUAGCAAGACAAUAGAUUCUCAAAAGGGGAAUCCUCAUCAAAGUGUUUCUUCCAAUGCCUAAUACAUCUGGAAGCAAGUAGGUGCCUUGGGAAGAUGGCAGAUCACCUGCUGGGAACAUUGUGUAUCUUGGACAUUGUGUCUUGUGGAUGGGAUUACUUUCUUUCAGGUGUAGUACUGCAUGACAACUGACAAGCUUACCUUUGUGGAAAAUGUAGUGUAUGAGUAUGUGUAUCUAUGUGUGUUUGUGUACUGAGAGCAAUCUUUGUUUGGAGAACUCUACUUCAGAGUUUUUUGGAAAUAGGUUUAUUAUCACAUGCUUAUUUUGCAGUCAUAGAAGACAACCUUCAAGAACUGGCCUGAUGCUCAUCUUACUCAGGAAAUGUGAGGAUGGAAGGAAAUGCAUUUUAUUUCAGAUAGGAUACCAUUAUGGCAUGCCACCCUAGCAUGGAAACAGAGCAUAGACCUUGACUAUAUACUGACUGUAGCUGUGGUCUGCUUUGAUCAAAUUGCAGGCUUUUACACUCUAAUCAGUGUAAUAAGAUAAUACUUCUCUCUGAGGUAUAAGAAUCGGACUUCUACAAUGCACUGUAGUCUAGGUUGCCAAGAAACAGCCCAUUAGCCAGCACUAAUACUGAAAUGUGACUGUUACUGAGAAUGGACAGAGGGGUUAUUGGCUUUGCACUGUUUCACCCUUCACAUUUGCUGCUUGUUAGUAAGGGGAUUAAAUUUAGCACA